AUGCCCGUUAUCCUGAUUGCAAUCUGCGUUUCGGGAGCUGUGGGGAACUUGCUCGUUCUGCUGAUUUUCGUGCGUGAUUUCAGGAGCGGGAAGGGCUCUGAGGUGAAGGCGCUGCUCGCCUCUUUGGCUUCCACGGACUUGGUGAUUCUGCUGCUGUGCGUGCCCGUGCGCGCAAUCACCUACUACAAGCAGUCCUGGGUUCUGGGGAGUUUUGUGUGCCGCACCACGGACUGGUUCCAACACUCCUGCAUUGUUGCAAAAACUUUAAUCAUGGCUGUGACUACCAGAGCUAAGCACACGGUGGUUCCACGCACGGCAUCGGGGUCUUUUUACAACCCCACGUGGAUCCACGGAGCCCUGGCGUUCAUUGGUGGGGUGUCCAUGAUGAUUCCGACCCCCCAGCUGCUGUUUGCCGCGUUGUUGCCGCACGGCCGCGGCGCAAUCUGCGUCUCUGAAAUGCCGGUGUGCGCCUCCGACUUCAUGAGCUUGUUCUACAAGUUCUACCCCACCGCCGCGUUCCUUCUUCCGGUCACCUUUACGCUCGCCUACUACAUCAAGACGCUGUACACCGCGGUGAACCACGCGCCCAGCGCGCACCACCAGAGCAAGGUCAUCCUGGUCCUGCUGUGUCUGAGCGGCGCACUCGGGCUAAUGCUGCUGCCGGAGUGGGGGACGUUCACCUGGAUCAGACUCGGGUACAACCACCCCCCCGUGGGUCUGAUGAUGUUUGCACAAGCCCUCCUGUACGCGUGCAGCUCCCUCUCGCCGGUCAUCCUGAUGACCAUGUACGACGACGUGCGUCAGGGCCUGGUCAGUCUUUGGUUCACCGCCACCUGCAGGAGCAGGAAACCCCCCAGCAAGUGCCCCAAGAAGGAGGGGAACGGGUCGGAGGUCACAGCAAACGCCGUCACCAACGCGCUGUCGCAGCAGGACAAGACCUUCCCGGACGUGGAGCACUUCUGGACGGGGCGCAGGAACACGCACGUCGACGACGAGCACGAUCCAGUUCCGUGGGAGAAAGAGGAGAAAAUGCUGUGA